CCUAGCGGAAGUGGAGCGCUUGAGUGUAAAUAGCAGACAGUCGGGAAGCGCGUGAUGGGUUUAACCGGAGCGAUUCUGGCGCUUCUGACCGCUCUGUGCGGUGUGUGUCAGUCGCUGCAGGGCGGGAUGCUGUUCCCCACGGAGUCUCCCUCCAGAGAAGUGAAGGACGUGAGCGGCUUGUGGCGGUUCCGAGCGGAUCUGUCUCCGGAGCGGAACCGCGGAUUCGAGCAGCAGUGGUUCAAGCGUCCUCUGGCGGAGACAGGGCCUGUUAUUGACAUGCCGGUGCCGUCCAGCUACAAUGACAUCACACAAGACGCCAAGAUCCGUGAUUUCAUUGGCUGGGUGUGGUAUGAGAGGGACGUAUGGGUGCCGUCGCGCUGGAUCCAGGACCGGGGAACACGGAUCGUGCUCCGAGUGGGAAGCGCUCACUAUUUCUCAAUGCUUUGGGUGAACGGGGUCAAUGUGAGCGAGCACGAGGGCGGUCAUCUCCCGUUUGAGGCGGACAUCAGCGCCGUUCUGCGGCAGACGAACGGGAACCCGUGUCGAAUUACCAUCGCUGUGAACAACACUUUAACUCUAGAGACGCUUCCACCGGGAACCAUCCAGUACAUGAACGACCGCAGCAGAUACCCCGCUGGAUACUUCGUCCAGAACACUAACUUUGAUUUCUUCAACUACGCUGGAAUACACCGACCGGUCCUGCUGUACACCACACCGGCGGCGCACAUUGAUGACAUCACACUGGAGACCAGCUUCUCAGACAACAUCGGGCUGGUCAGGUUUAACGUGUCCGUGUUGGGCAGCUCUAAACCCGCUGUGAAAGUCACGCUCUCGGCUCACGACGGCAGACGUGUGGCUUCGGCCGACGGCUCCAGAGGAGUCCUCAAAGUCACGGACGUUAACCUCUGGUGGCCGUAUCUGAUGCACGAGAACCCAGCGUACCUUUACUCCAUGGAGGUUCAGGCGACAGCGGAGGACGGACAGACGGAUGUCUACACUCUUCCGGUGGGGAUUCGCACCGUUAAAGUCACCAGCACACAGUUCCUCAUCAACAACAAGCCGUUUUACUUCCACGGGGUCAACAAACACGAGGACGCAGACAUCCGAGGGAAAGGCUUCGACUGGCCUCUGCUGGUGAAGGACUUUAAUCUGAUGAAGUGGAUGGGAGUGAACUCGUUCCGCACCAGUCACUAUCCGUACGCCGAGGAGAUCCUGCAGACGGCCGACCGGCACGGCAUCGUCAUCAUCGACGAGUCGCCUGGAGUGGGAAUCAAAGACAUACGCAGUUUCGGGAACGUGUCUCUGGUUCAUCACCUGAGGGUCAUGGAGGAGCUGGUGCGGCGUGAUAAGAAUCAUCCGUCUGUGGUCAUGUGGUCUGUGGCCAAUGAGCCGGCGUCAGAGAUGCCCCCCGCCGGACUCUACUUCAAGGAACUGGUGUCUCAUACGAAAUCUCUGGAUUCGUCGCGUCCCGUCACGUACAUCACAGACAGCAACUAUGCCAGAGAUCUCGGGGCUCCGUAUGUGGACGUCAUCUGUGUGAACAGCUAUCUGUCGUGGUAUCAUGACCCGGGUCACACAGAGAUCAUCAGUCUUCAGCUCAACACUCAGUUUGAUGACUGGUACGGGAAAUACCAGAAGCCCAUCAUCCAGAGCGAGUACGGAGCGGACGCCGUGCCCGGAUUACACAGCGAUCCACCCAUGAUGUUCACGGAGGAGUAUCAAACCACCGUCCUGCAGAACUACCACAGCGUGUUCGACCGGAAGAGGAAGGAGUUCCUGAUCGGAGAGCUGAUCUGGAACUUCGCCGACUUCAUGACGGCUCAAACCAUCACUCGAGUGGUUGGGAAUAAGAAGGGAGUCUUGACCCGGCAGCGUCAGCCCAAAGCCGGAGCGUUUCUGCUGCGAGAGCGAUACUGGAGGAUCGCCAAUGAGACGUCUCGGCCGCUCUCCAUGAGCCGGAUCAGCUGUGAGGGGAAACCAGGUUUAUCAGGAGGAAGUGCCUUAUGUGUGCCACACUGAGGAUCACAGCUGUGGGGAAAACACAUGUGUUGUGUGAUCAGUCCAGAUGCUGUGUUCUUCGUAAAGACACUCAAUUGUUUUCUUUUAAAAGUCCUGAAUGCAGCAACACUAUUAAACUGGAGCAGGAAUGUUUUCUCUUUU